GUUUUCGCUUCUCUGCUACACCCAGCUGAUAACAAAUUUUCCUUUGUAUUUUAAAGUUUUGUGUUAAUUUAAAGGACACCAAAAGUUUAUUUUUGUUGUUUAAUUAAAAACAAAAUAUAUUAAAAAUGCCUGUAAUGUAUAAUACAGGAGAUUGGUUUAGCCUCAGGCCUCACACUUAUCGAAAAUUCGAUUUGUAUUCAUUUAAUUGGCCCAUGGAUGUAAAUUUGGAUUACAUGCGAGUAUAUGCUGCACCUUUUGGAGGACCAAUUGCUGUUAUUCGCGAUUUUUCACAAAUUGCACCGGUCAAAGGCAAUGCCAAAAUCGAAAUCAAAACAUUCGAUUCUUCAGGAACUUUAUUGGGAACUAUUUUGUGGAAUCAUGGCAGGUUUAUAACAAUGGGUUGGUCUGAUACAGAGGACUUAAUUUGCGUCCAAGACGAUGGAUUAGUAAUAACUUACUCUAUGUUUGGUGAGGAAAAGCAUACAUUCAGCAUGAGUCCCGAAGCAAGUCGAACCAAGGUUACAGAUGCAAGAAUCUUUUCCUCGAGUUCGGGUACCGGAAUUGCCGUUUUAACAACGAGUGGCCGUGUUUUCUUAAAAAGCAGUAACAUAGGAGAGUUUAAAACUCGUCAAAUGCCUGAUAUUCCAAAAUCUUCUUCGGAGAAUAUUUCAUGCUGGCAAAUUGUAUCAGAAGAUCGUAAUAGUUACUGUUUAAUUGGACGUGAAAAGGAAAUAAUCAAACUUGUACCAGGGCAGAGUGUUGGAUUAACUCACAGAAACCUCUUCGACAAGCCAUUUGAUAGAAUUGUUCAAAUGUCGGUAUCGUACAACCAUCAGUUCUUGGCUUUGUACACUAACAACGGUCUCCUUUGGUUGGGAACAGUUGAUAUGAAAAAGAAAUUCUGCGAAUUUGAUACUGGUCGUUUGGAUCAGCCGAAACAAAUCGAAUGGAUAAUGGACUCAGAUAAUACCCAUCUAUCGGAUGCAGUUACAAUAUCCUAUCCAUCACUUUUGUUGGUCGUCAACAAAAAUGGUGAUCAGAAUAUUUUUACAUAUGAUCCGGCGAUAUUUUUAGUUCCAGAGUUGGAUGGUGUACGCAUUAUUACCAAUAGUACACAUGAAAUGAUCCAAAAGGUUCCAAAGUGUGUGCAAAACAUUUUUGCCAUCAACAGUCAAGAACCAUCAAGUUUCCUCUUUGAAGCUCAAAAGAAAUUCCAAGAACGUAGUCAUCAGUCCGAUGAGUAUUUAAGUUUAUUUAGAGGCAAGAUGGAUGUGGCUGUGGAUGAGUGUAUUGAAGCAGCAGGAUAUGAAUUUUGUCCAGAAACUCAAAAGUCUUUAAUUACGACGGCAUACUUUGGCAAAGGAUUUAUAGCAUUGCACAAUCCUGAUAAAUAUAUGAGAAUUUGUCGAAUACUUCGAGUGCUUAAUGCUUUGAGACAUCCAAAAAUUGCAAUACCUUUGACAUACAAACAAUUCUGUCACCUUAAACCAGAUGUAAUUCUAUCACGAUUGGUGUUUAGAAAAAAUUAUGCGGUAGCAAUUCAAGUUGCUAAGCAUUUGAAGUUGCCCGAAUCAUGGAUUUUGGAGCACUGGGCCAUACACAAAGUAUACAACGAUAGAGAUGACAACGAAGUUGCCCGAAAAAUCACAGAAAAGUUUAAAAAUCCAUCAGUACAAGGUAUCUCUUACUGCAACAUUGCGGAAAAAGCCCACGACAUUGGAAAAGAUGAUUUGGCUAUUAAGCUUCUGGAAUUGGAACCCCGUUCUUCACUGCAAGUGCCUUUGCUAUUGAAACUGGGUAAAUUCGACAAGGCACUUUUCAGCGCAACACAAUCUGGUGACACAGAUCUUGUUCAAAUGGUAUUACUAAAAAUUAAAGAGAACAUGACAGUUACUAAUUUUCAUAUGAUUAUUCGUGACUUUCCAAUGGCAUUUAACUUGUAUCGAAAAGCUAUGGCCGAAUGCAGUCGAACCGCAUUGACGGAUAGUUUUCAUACAGAAGAUGAUCAUCAAUCGAUUGCUGAAUAUACACUGCGAUAUGCUCUUAAAGAUGGUAACGUUGAAUCGAACUUAUUGAUUAUUGCCAAUCGUUAUAGUCAAGGCAAACGAAUUGUUGAAGCUGACUUAUGCACUGAAACUGGAAAAAUACUUAAGUUACAAAAGGCAUUGAACCAAAAACUGAGGAGUACUGGUGUAGAAUUAUGCAGUGAAACUAUUCAUGACACGGUUUUGAAAUUACUUCGUUUGGGGGAACUUAAAGAAGCGGAAAAGAUAAAAAACGAUUAUAAGAUUCCAGAAAGGAGAUAUUGGUGGAUGAGAGUUCAAACACUUGCUGAAAAGGGUAAAUUCGAAGAACUGGAAAAGCUUUCAAAAUCAAAAAAGAGUCCUAUAGGUUAUGAACCAUUCGUUGAGGUUUGUCUUAGCAUGGGAAAUGUUCAUGAAGCAAGAAAAUACAUCGCAAGAUGUAGAGAAGAUAAAAAAGCCAAGUGGUACAUUCGCGCUGGUUUACAUGAAGACGCUGCUGGAACAGCAUUUGAACAGCGUGAUAUAAAUACAUUACAAUCUAUAAUGUUAGUGGCUGCAAACAGCGGAAAUCGAACUCUUUCAGAAAAAGUCGAUGCUUUUAUUCAACACUUAAGGAAAACUAAUAAACAUUAAACAAAUGCUGCACUAUAUUUUAGCAUAGUUAUAUAAAUUUUAUUAUAUUUAAUAAUAUUACUUCGCACGACGUUAUUAAUAUUUUCCUAAACCAAUAUUCUGUGCAUAACCCUAGAUUUAUGUAUUUGUUAAACCAUUCAAACUAACGUACUCUACAAUUUAAUGUA